AUCGGCCAAAACUGUCCGGAUUUAAAACAGUAGUAGAUCCCCUAUUCCCAGCCUGUUCCUCUCCAAACUAACCAUAAGGCACCCUCAUCUCCAAAAUUGACCAUAAGGCACCCUCAUCUCCAAAAUUGACCAUAAGGCAUACCAAUAAUAAGAUUCAAUAACAGCGGCAAAUUAUAGGAGAAGAAGAAAAGGGGACCUCAAAAUUUUGUCUGAUAGUCGUGUGUGUUACGUGUAUCCAACUUCUUCCCCGCAUUCACCUACACGUUUUCAUUACGACUUAUUACUCACUUCACUUAACACCUUAUCAUUCAACUUCCUCUUCUCCCUCUCUACUCACAAACUAUAUCAUUCUUUCAUGGCAUCUACCACGCGCGUCACUCACUGCGACCUCCGCCCGCCCAAACCAUCCUUACGUCCUCUCCCCGAAAAACCCGCCCCGCUUCAGUUUUCCAUCCCAAAAUCCAAACCAACCGAACCAGAAGGCGCCAACACCAACAUCCUCCUGCAACCGCGCCUAUGCACCCUCAGAUCCUACGGCUCCGAUCCAAUCGCCGCCGUAAUCAAAACUCGUAAACGAGAUACGCAAGUUAGCGAUGACGUGUCAUCAUUCUUCGCCACGCUUUCGGAAUACAUUGAAAGCUCCAAGAAAAGCCAAGAUUUCGAAAUCAUCUCCGGUCGUCUCGCCAUGAUGGUGUUCGCGGCGACGGUUACGGUGGAGUUGGUGACGGGAAACUCGGUGUUCAAGAAAAUGGAUAUUACAGGGAUAACGGAGGCCGGUGGAGUUUGUUUAAGCGCGGUUACUUUCGCAGCUUUGUUUGCUUGGUUCUCAAGUGCGCGUUCCAAAGUGGAUCGAAUCUUCACCGUUAGCUACAAUUCCUUCAUUGAUUCGCUAAUUGAUCAAAUCAUCGACGGUUUAUUCUAUGAUGAAAUCUGAUACACGCUGCACAAUAAUCAUAUAGUAUAAGGAAGAUCCAUCUCGUGUACUAGUGAUAGUAUACAAAGUGUAUAUGUAUAUUGUAUAUUUAGAUUAUAUAUUGGAUAAAUAGAAGAUGUAAUGUUGCUGCUAUGAUAAAUUGAAUCAUACACUAAUUUAAUAUUGAA